AUGAACAAGGCAUCAGAAGAACUUUUUUUCGACACUAACGAAGAUUAUGAAAUGUUAACACGUGCCAUUAAUGUGCUCAAAUAUCAAGAAGAACGUGCACACGAAGACAUUGCUACGCUGAAAAAACGAAAACUCGAGGCUUUAGAGGACCCUAUAACGUUUGCUGAAAAUUUACGCGAUGGGACAAAUAAAAAACUUCCAAAACGCCAAACUGUCUUUAAAUGUCCUAAUAUCAAGUGGAGUAAAUACACUGGGCCAAAAAACAGCGCAACUUCAAAUGAUGCAAAAUUAACACCAUACGGAAUAAAAUACAAGUCAAAGAUUCCUAGUCUUGCACGCUCUUCCGAGUUGAUGGAAGAAGUUUUGAAGGGAGCAGCUGAAUUAGGGUUAUACCCUGAAGAGACCCCAGCUGAUGAAGGAUCAGAUAGAGAAUCAGAAGCCGAAACACCUUUAUUGGCUACAGGAUUAUCAAACUACGGAGAUGAAAGUAAUAGAAAUAUCACUACUACUGCUUCUACUGACGCUUCUUCGGUGGUUCCUUAUGGCAAGGGUAAAGGCAAGAAGAUGUUGAGCGCUCUUCUCUCUCCAGCCGAAGCUAAUAACAGAGGUGUGAAAAGAUCCACAGUUGAAUCGACUGAUGAAAUUAAAAAAAGACGGAGGGAUUCUUUAACAUGGAAUCCUAAUGGUAGUAGUGAACUUGAAAUUAAUAAUAAUACAGCAAUUGGCAGUAUGGAAAAAGGGAUGACUACUAUAGCAGAGUAUACUCAAAAACCACCAACAACAUCAUUGCUUGCUUCACCCACUUCCUCCUCUUUAUUUAUUAAAGUAAAUCAGAACUCGAAUUCAGAGACAUCGGAUCCAAAACCCAACAAUCAUAAUAUUCCAUGGACGGACGAAGAACAACAACGAUUGAUAGAACUCUUGGCAAUUUAUCCAGACGAAGAAAUACAAUCACAUCGAUUCAAAAAGAUAUCUAAAGCAUUAGGAACACGAACUCCCAAACAGGUUGCAAGUCGAGUACAAAAAUAUUUUAUAAAGUUGGCUAAAAAUGGAUUGCCGGUGCCUGGUCGUAUGCCGAAUCUGCAAACAAUAAAUACGCCAAGCAACAACAAACCAAAAAAACACGGUCGUGUAUCCAAAGUCAAACCCUCCAAACCUCCAGUUGAGCAAUCGUUAAGGCGACCAAGAGUAUCUGGAAUUGCCUAUGAACAAGCAUUACCACCUCCCACCGUGUAUAUGACUGAAGGCGAUGAUAAAAAUGUUAUCAAGGAGAUGAUGAUUUCAAUCAAUAAUAAAGAAAAGAACACCGUGGUUAAUAAUGACAAAGAGAAGUCAUCCCCUUCAUCCUCUUCGUAUUGGAAUGUUGAAAACUCGAUGGAAGAUGCAAUUGAUAUUAUACAUCGUGGAUUUAGUUGUGAUAGUUGCCUCAUCGAUCCAAUAAUUGGUACACGGUAUCAAUGUCUAGAUUGUAAUAAUUCAAGUCGCCAAAUGGAUCUUUGUGAAGAUUGUAUAAAUCAAGGAGAUUUCGAGAAUG